GGGGGGGGGAAGUGACAUUGGAGCUCGGCCCGGGCCUAGGAGCAGCUGCACGGACUCACCAUGGGGGUGCUGCCCGUCAGACCGAUGACGAUGUUGCAGAAGAAGGUUCCACUGAGUCUGAGGCUGACUAAAGGGAUGGAUCUGAGGAUAAGGAGAGGAUUCUGCAGUAAAUCCCAGGAGGGGAUCAAUCAAAACUUGAAAGGUCAGCCUUCAUUCAAAAUGCCAGGACACAGGCCCACAGACUGGGACAAGAGGAUUUUCCUAUGGUCAGGCCGUUUCAAAAAAGCAGAGGAUAUACCAGAGACUGUCUCGUUUGAGAUGAUUGAUGCUGCAAGGAGCAAGUUACGUGUGAAGAUGAGCUACUUAAUGGUUGUCCUGACAGUACUGGGAUGCUUAGCAAUGGCCAUUCAAGGGAAGCAGACUCUCAAAAGACAUGAAAGUCUUGUAAGCCAGAACUUGGAGAAGAAAGCACGCUGAGAGAUGAGUAUGCUCAGAGUCCAUCUGCCAAAUCCUAAUUUAGAAGAAACCAGUGAAAGGAAAACAGUGCUGACCAUGUCAUCUUUAGCCAUGAGGGGAAGACCUUUGUAUGUUCUCCUGGUCUGUUGUUCUAAUCCUGUGUUAUUUUGUUUUGUAGAGAACAAAUAAAUGGUUUUCUUCAUACUACUAA